AUGGACACUACGAGUGACUUUAGCCCGUACCGCGCGGACGGCAAGCUUUACGGCUUUGUCUGCGUCGUGACGGGUGCUUCACAGCCGGUGGGACAGGCCAUCAUCGAGGAGUUGGCGACUCACGGCGCCGCCUCGAUUUACGCCUGCGACCAUUCGGCCAGCGACGAGAGCUACGCACCCUUGCUCCGCAAGCUGGCGCAGCACGCGCCCAACACCAAGAUCAUCCCGUACCCGUUCCACAUUGCCAAGGAAGAGGACACGCUGACGCUCAUCGACGAGAUCCUCGCGGCGUUCGGCCGGCUCGACGUGUGGGUGUCGUCCUCGGGCCUGCUGGGCCCGGCCGCCAUCUCGGAGACGACGCCGCAGGACCUGCAGCGGUGCUUCGAGGCACACUCGAUGGCGCCCUUUUACGCACUCAAGUACGCGCCGCCGGCCAUGGGCAAGCUGACGGAGAAGCAGGCGUACCCAAACGCGGCACCCAAGACGCAUUCGUACGGCAGCGUCAUCGUCGUGGGCAGCGUCGCGGGGACGUAUGGCGGGUGCUGGGGCCCGGCCUACACCAUGGCGUCGCACGCGGCGCUGGGCGUCGUGAGGGCCGGCGUCGCUGUGCUCAAGGGCACGGGCGUCAGGGUGAACUGCAUUUCGCCGGGUCAGAUUGACGUCGGGGUUGACCUGCACGGGACCGACGUCAAGGGGAUGAAUGCGCAGUUCCCUCCGGCGAGCUUGCAGACCAAGGAAGCGUCGGAGGCGACCGUCGGCUUGGAGCGGGCGGGGAACCCCGAGGAGGUCGCGAGAGUCGCGGGCUUCCUGGCCUCGGGCUUCUCGUCGUACGUCAACGGUGCCAACCUCAUCGUGGACGGCGGUGCAUCUGUCAUGAACCCUCUGACGAUUCCCAUCUAA